AUGCGUCCCGUCUGGAGUCUAUCCCUCUUCCUCGGCGCCGUCAUGGCCGUCGAUGAUGCCUCGCGCGCUCCGCACGCCGUUCAAGCCAGAGCCGAACCAGGCGCCGGCCACGCCCUCCUCCAUGAAGCAUUCGUAUACAAACGAGAGGGCAAGGGGAAAAAGAGCCAGCCGAAACAACCAGGUCAACGUCCUGAUCCCCCGCGUUUCCCUGGCGGCGGCCGUAAUUGA